AUGCAGCCCGUCGCACGUCGAGAUCAACAUGGCCCAUGCGAGCAGAGCCAGGCCCCCGCGUAUUCCGAGCCCUGGCACUCGACGGAGACCCUGCUACUCACUCCGAAGGAGCGUCCAGCAGUUCUUAUCGCAGAGAAGAUUACGUUCCCCGGCGAGAUCAAGGCGAAUUCCAACUGUUCGUGCUGGGUGUCCUUCCCCGGCAAGUUCAAAGCUGGUUGGGAUGCACUUACCACCGCCCGCGACGAGGAUUCCGUGGCGUGUGUCUUCCUCACAACGCCGGAAACCGGUUUCGGAGUUCAUGCGCAAGACCACCAGAAGCUCGGCAACAAGUGUUACUGCUAUCGCUUGUAUGGAGAGGAGAAGGAGUGGGGCUGUUGGUGGUACAAACGUUGGCUCGAGAACGUGCGCAAAGCGGUCGAGAAGGGGCAGCGCCUCAAGGCCGUCUUUUUCCCCGGCCAAGUGGGGGAGGGCAAGGUCUCCAUGGACAAGCUUGCAACGUCGAACCUUUGGAAUGGCGUCGGCCUGGGAGGCUCUCAAAAAGUGGAGCUUGCCACGCUGGAUGAGGAGGGCUGGGAGUAUGAUGAGGUGGACGUGAUGUGCUUCCUGGCAGACAGCUUCAAAGUAGGCAGCCUGGUGGAUGCGCUGCAUCCCAAGAGUGGGUCUUGGCUGCGCGCCAAAGUUCUGGAGGAGGUCGAAGCUGACGUCAUUGGCGAAGCUCCGGUCUGGCAGCUUUGUUGUGCCAAGACUGGUGAGAGGUUUGUUUCCACGCACAUCUGCGACACGCACGUGGCCGUGCAGGAGCUUUUGGACCAUGUUGGCAAGAAGAAGCUUGUGGAGUUACUCUCUGGGUGUUUGGACAACCGCAUCGCCAACUGCGAGGUAUGUAGACUUCCAACAGGAGUUUCCGCUCUGAAUCUGCGACUGGAGAUUUCCGAUAUUGCUUCGCUGCAGAUGCUUCGAGACAGUACGCUGAAUGGCACCUUGGAGGAAAGCAUGAAUGCUGCCAUAAAGAAAGAGCUCAACGGCGAUUCUUGCCAACUUCAGAUAGACUGCACCCGCUUCUUGGAGUUGUACGAAGACGUGGUCUUGUGCUUAACGACGCUGACGGAGCAACAGCAACGUAUCGUACAAGAUCUGGCCAAGCACAAGGCUGUGCUCUUGAGGGCCCCUGCGGGUGCAGGGAAGACCUUUGUCACGGUACAGCGUGUGCUGGAGACUCUGCGCAAGCCCUCCGCCACGGUGCUGUUCGUGAGUCCUACUCGCGCGCUUGGAUACCAUUUCAUCAAUUGGCUGGCCAUGCGCCUGUCCGCUCCUGGUAGGGAGGAGUCCCUGGACUUUAUUAAGGAUGUGUUGCCACGCUUGGUCAUGCUCCACGAGCCCUUUGACACGCCUUACACCCCCAUCAUCCAAGAGGGACGAAUCGAAUACAGCCUAGCAACUAACGCAACCAAGUUUGCAUUGGCUGUUGUCGAUGAAGGCCACAAUCUCUUUGGAGCUGGCUGCAGCAAGGUUGCGCUGGAAGAUCAGCUGGAUGAAACGACCGAAGGCGCAUCCAUGAGGCUGGCUUUCAUUGAGCUGCACAUGAACAUCGAGGAGCUGCUGGUUUUGGCCGACGAGUCGCAAUCGGAUGCUGCGGACCACACAUUCCCCGAGUUCUUGUAUCAUGCAAGAUUGACACAAGUGGUUCGCUCCACAAAGCGCGUUGUGCAAGGGGCAGCCUCUUUUCGCUGGAGCCCGUGCCCGGAUGAACGGCUUCGCGCCAUCGCCACGGACGGGCCGCCAUUGCAGUCCUUUCUGUUCGAGGCCGCCGAGCACAAGACCCUUGCCGAGCAAUACGCAGAACAGACCAUGCGGGCCUUGCAGCAGAUCGCGCAGCGCUACGCCGGGCUUGGCUGGCACCGUCGGCUCGCUUUGCUUGUGCCCAACGAGCAGUUCAGAGCUGGAUUGUGGAAGUCGCUGGGCAAGCGACUGAAGGAUGAGUAUCCUCAGAAGAAUCUCGGCCUUGUGUCCUUUGCUGAGUCUUUGCGAAACUUGCCGGAGCGGCUGCAUGCCUUCACCUGGGCGCCGGAGAAGAGAAGAGAGCAGAUUGUACUGGACACGGUCAACAAUGCGGAUGGUCUGGAGAUGCUCAUGGUUGUUUGCAUCGGCCUUGAUGACAAGAUCCUGGAUGAUGGCGAAGGUGACCCGCAGACGACUUUCAAGAGCUGCUCUCAGUUGUACAAGGCGUUCACUCGGGCACAAUUCCUGGCGAUGGUGGUGCAACAUCACGUUCCACAUGGUUGGCUGGAAUUUCUGGCUACAGUACAGUUUGACGCAGGCCUCCCACCUCAAGACGAUGUGGAUGGCAGCCCGCAAGCGGCAGAGAUCCAGAGGAGAGCGCUGCUCCGCAUCCAGAACAUGGUUUUCAGCAAUGCUUUGGCCGGCCCUCGCACGGACCGAGAUGAAAAGCAAGCCCAGAAGUCAUCCUUGCUGAGGGCCUCUGCUUGGUUGAGUCAAGAACUUUGCCAGUGCUGCCCGUGGAGUACUUCGAGCACUCCGAGCACUUCGACCAGCCGACCUGAACCUCGUUCUGGAGUCUGGGACACCAGGAGCAACGACAUCAGGCGCGUGAUUCGGCCUUUCUUUCAACCAGUGCAGGCUGAGGACGGCACUGUUGGUGCCAGCGUCAUCCACGACCCCCUCAAGGAUUCUCUGCCGCCCACGGCCGAUGGGAGUCCGCAUCGUCUGCGUGACGUCUUGGCCUCCUUCCGCGACUCUCAGCGGAUGAGCAGGAACCUUGCGAAGGGCGACCUCACGGAGGUAUUGCUUAACAAGGAGAACCAGGAUGAGGUUCAGCGCAUGGUCAAGGUAUUGGCGCCAUUCUUUGCCCAGUAUGACGCGAAUGGUGACAAUGCCAUAGAUUUUGACGAGUUUCGGAUGGUCAUGAAGGAUAUUGGCCCGAGCUUAUCCCGGGAGGCACAAAGAAAGAUCUUCGAUGCAGCGGACACGGAUCAAAAUGGCGACCUCAACUUCGAGGAGUUCGUUGCGUGCCUGAUGUCUUUUGCACUUGAGGCGCCCCCUUCAAGGCAACCUUGA